UAGACUUGUGUGCUUAGUGUUUACAAACUUGAAUUCGAACAGGCUCGUGUGCUCCGUAGUGUUGAAUACGAAACUUAAAUACAAUUAAUUUGCUCAAUAGAUCCCAAGGAAGUAUCGAGAAUUUUUAUUCCUAACUUCUUAUGAUUAAGAUAAAAUGAAGUUGGAAUUAAUAGCGUUUUCCCUAUGCUGCCUCAACUUAUAUGUAGAUUGCGACUGGAAACAUGAUCGCCGUGGACAUCAAAGGAGUUGGCAAUCAAGAGACAGCGCAAAUGAAAUCACUUCACGGCGUAGAUCCGAUCCUCCUGACCACACUAAGCUCAUACCUAUGGCACGAUACGUGCUUCACAGUGCUGACUGGGCUUCGUUGGCUACGAUUUCAAAUCUACCAGCAAUCGAAGGAUUCCCGUUUACAAACGUGAAAUCUGUCGUGGACGGAUCUUUGGCGAACUCAACUGGAGUGCCAUACUUUUAUAUGUCACCAUUGGACUUCAGUGCCCGGGAUUUAACAAAAAACAGUCGAGCUACUGUUCUCGUAUCUUUAGAAGAAACCAAAUUUUGUGAACAGAACAACUACGACCCUGAAGAUCCACGUUGUACGAGACUUAUGCUCUCCGGUAAAAUGAAGAAGGUCAAGGAAGGCAGUGAUGAGUACAAAUUUGCUAAGGCCGCUUUAUUCGAGAGGCAUCCGGCAAUGGCUAAUUGGCCUACGGAUCACGACUGGUUCAUAGCCAAAAUGAAAAUUGCUCUAAUAGCGAUGGUCGAUUGGUUCGGUGGAGCCAAAUACAUUCCAGUUCGCGACUACUUGGCAUACAAUUACACGGGCACCGAAAUGCUUGAAUAUUAUAAUCAUUUACAACAUAAGCAUGUAAUCGUUUAACUUUUUUUUUUCUAACUUUCACGUUAUAGGUUACGGAUUCUCAGUUUUUUUACAACAGUACAAGGUUAAUUUUUAUUACUGGUGGUAGGACUUCUUGUGAGUCCGCGCGGGUAGGUACCACCACCCUGCCUAUUUCUGCCGUGA